UCUUAACUUCCUCUUCCUACCGCAUGAGGGCUUUUACCGCAUAAAGCAGCGCUUCAGAAGCAGGUCUCACACAUCCUUUUCAUCAGCGCUGAGAUCAACAUGGCAGCAGAGACUGUACGUCAUCCGAGCACUGAAAAAACAGAAGAGUGUCAAUCGGAGACCACCCGAUGCAAAAAAAAGAUGUUGAAAUUCAUGAGAUUCAGCUUGUCGAUGGAAGAUACUGAGUUGGGUGCACUUCAGGAACCAUCAAAUCCACAUCCAGAGUGGAAAGAGGAGGACAUUGAGGACGACUGUUUCAUUGAUGACGAUGUGCUUCAUUCCCUGGCAAACAUGAGCUUGAAUCUGAUGGUUGAUCAAGACUCUGAUGCUGACAACCCUUUCUGCAGCUGUGAUUGGCAGCAUGAUGAAAGCAAGAUCAUGCCCGAGAAUGCUAAAAUUGCCUAUAUUUCUGCACAAAUUUGGAAAGCGAUGAAAGAACAAAACAAUUUGUUCCUGAAGACACUCAAUGGAUGCAAGUACGUUGCAUCAAAACAGAACGAGAUAUGUUUGGAGAACACCAUGUCAGCAAAAAUCACCAUCUUUCAUGGCACCUUCCUUGGCAUGGUCACCGGCGACAAAGAACCAGGUGUUCCUGUUGUGCUGAACUUCACGGACACAGACAACUUCCUCUGCUGCACCAGCCAAGGAGAGGAAACGAUAUUAACAGUUAAAACGUAUGACAGAAAAAAGAUACGCAUUUCUGCAAAUGAUCCGGAAAAAUUAUCCCUUAUUUUCUACAUGUCUCAAAAGUGUGAUGGUCUCCGGUAUUUUGAGUCAGUGCUCCACAGAGGAUGGUUCAUUCACACUGUAAAUGAUGAUGUUGUGAAAAUGAAAAGAGGCAAUAAUACGUCCAGCAGUUGCUUUGUCUUAGAGUGAGAGUGAGACCACAAAACCCACUGAAUAUUAAAACCUCUUUUAAAUUGAGGAUUUUAUUCAGAAUGUUCAUUGUAUUUUUAAAAUACAUUAUGAGUACUUUAUCAAUAUAUUUAUAAUAUUAACCUUUAUAUACAUUUGCCUGUAUAAGCUACUAGAAAUUUGAGCUAUUCCGUUGGUUACAGUAAAUUUAUAAUUUAUCACAUUAUAAUGUGUCCAUGUAUGCUUUUUUCAUUGCUCUUAUUUUUUUCAUAGUCCUGUUUGUUCAGUGUCUUCCUCAAAGGCUUUGUUCAUUUGUCCAUCAUCUGAAUUCUCAUAUGGGUUCACAGUCUCGUCAGCCUUCUUAGCUUUCCUGAAGAAAAAAAAAAAAAUGUUUUGCACUAAAGUAAGCAAUUAAAUACCACACCAGUUGUGGUAAAAGCUUGUAUGGAUUUAAUUCACAUGAAUUAUUAUUAUUUUGUUUUUUUUUACUAUUUCUAUAGAAAUUGAAUUAUUAUAAUGUGUAACAUUUCUAACUUUGAUGCUAAAAAUAAAGUGCUUAUUGCAUUA